ACAGAAUUUCGCCUCAGCAGACACCGCUGACACUAGCUCUUAUUCAACUACAAAGCACCUUCAAAAGUCUUCCGGUUACCCCAAUCCAAAAGGCCAUGACUGCUGUUACUACUUGCUAGUCCAAUAUCCAUCACCACCCCCCUCCCCCCGGGCCCCCCUCCCGGACUUGCAAUUCUCGGAUUCAAUCCGCACAAUUUCUGCUCUUGUUCGGUUGUAUCAAACCCGAAAACAGAAGGGGAGCGAAAGGAAAAAGAAAAAAAAAGGUCUUUACCUGCCAACUACCAUCCUCGACUAAUUUUGUACGGCAAUCCAGGCCCCAUUUUUUCUUUUUCUGCUAUAACUACUUUCCCCGUUACUGAUAAGUGGAACUGAGCAUACUUGAAAUUGUUAAGAGGUGAGCUAUUUUGGUUCCCCACCUGCUUCUGGAGAUCUGAAAAUGGCAUCAGCUGCUUGGAGCAUUGAAAAAGAGCUUCUUUUAAGACCGAGUCCCCCGUAGGAGACGAUGAUAAUGUGCCUGAUACUGGCUGCCUCUCCAUUAUUGUUCUUGGUGCUUCUGGUGAUCUUGCCAAGAAGAAGACUUUCCCUGCACUUUUCAACCUUUAUCGUCAGGGAUUCUUGCCUCCAGAUGAAGUUCACAUUUUUGGAUAUGCAAGGACCAAGCUUUCAGAUGAUGACUUGAGAGAUCGUAUCCGUGGGUACCUGUCCCAUGGCAAAGAUAAUGGUGAAGAAUUAUCAAAAUUUUUGCAAUUGAUCAAAUAUGUAAGUGGAGCCUAUGAUGCUGAGGAGGGUUUCCGAGCAUUGGAUAAGACAAUAUUUGAGCAUGAAGUGUCAACAAAAAGUACAGAAGGAUCUGCUCGAAGACUCUUUUACCUUGCUCUUCCUCCAUCUGUGUAUCCUCCUGUCUGCAAAAUGAUCAAGCUUUAUUGUACAAAUAAAUCUGAUCUUGGUGGCUGGACUCGCAUUGUUGUUGAGAAGCCCUUUGGCAAGGAUUUGGCUUCAGCUGAGCAACUCAGUUCCCAGAUUGGUGAAUUAUUUGAUGAGCCCCAAAUUUAUCGUAUUGAUCAUUAUUUGGGAAAGGAAUUGGUACAGAACUUGUUGGUACUCCGUUUUGCUAAUCGCUUCUUUUUGCCACUCUGGAAUCGUGACAACAUUGAUAACGUGCAGAUUGUGUUCAGAGAGGAUUUUGGAACUGAAGGUCGAGGUGGAUACUUCGAUGAAUAUGGAAUUAUCCGUGACAUUAUUCAGAAUCACCUCUUGCAGGUUUUCUGCCUCAUUGCCAUGGAGAAGCCAAUUUCAAUUAGGCCUGAACACAUCCGAGAUGAGAAGGUUAAGGUUCUCCAAUCAGUGCAACCAAUUAAAGAAGAGGAGGUCGUUCUUGGACAAUAUGAGGGCUAUACUGCUGAUCCCACAGUUCCAGACAACUCCAAUACUCCUACUUUUGCAACUGUGAUUUUACGGAUCCACAAUGAGCGAUGGGAAGGUGUGCCAUUUAUACUGAAGGCUGGAAAAGCUCUAAAUUCAAGAAAGGCAGAAGUCCGUGUGCAAUUUAAGGAUGUACCCGGUGAUAUUUUCAGAUGUCAAAAGCAAGGGAGAAAUGAAUUUGUAAUACGUCUGCAACCUUCAGAGGCUAUUUAUAUGAAGCUAACGGUCAAGCAACCUGGGCUGGAAAUGUCAACUGUUCAAAGCGAAUUGGACUUGUCAUAUAGGCAGCGAUAUUCUGGGGUUACCAUUCCAGAGGCUUAUGAACGUCUAAUUCUUGACACGAUAAGAGGCGACCAGCAGCAUUUUGUCCGCAGAGACGAGUUGAAGGAAGCUUGGGAAAUAUUCACCCCUCUUCUGCACAGAAUAGAUAGGGGAGAGAUGAAGACUGCCUUGUAUAAGCCCGGCAGCAGAGGUCCAACAGAAGCUGAUGAAUUGUUACAGCGAGCCGGUUAUGUGCAAACACAUGGCUAUAUAUGGAUCCCUCCCACGCUCUAGAGUUGCUGGGAUUCCGUUCCGUGCUAAUAGCAUCCUACUUGCCGAGUAGAUGCGGUGUUGUAAUGGUUCCAUGUACAAUAUUACCUACUCUGGUAUGCUGCCAUCCCUGGUGUGCCCCCAUAGCAGCGUGCUGAUAAAAUGCGGAUGCACUCGCCGUUCAGAUGCUUUUUUUUUUUUUUUCACUAUUUUGAGGCAUGAUUUGUAACAUGUGGUAUAUCGCUACUGCAAUGUUGUAAUAAGGUUUUUUUGAACGCAAUAAUACCGAAAUAAUAAUUGCUUCUUGCGCAUCAAACACAGAACAGCCACUCGAAAU